GUUGAGAACGUUCCCGUGUGCGGCCGUGGAGGUGAAGAACGAGCCGAUCCUGGGCUUCAAAGAGGGCAGUGCAGAGAGAGCAGAGCUGCUGAAGGCGUUGGACGGUCUGAAGGGGACGACGGAGGAGAUCCCGUGCGUGGUCGGAGACGAACAUGUGUGGACCAAAGACGUCAGAUAUCAGUUAUCUCCGUUCAACCACUCGCACAAAGUGGCGAAGUUCUGUUACGCAGAUGAGGCGCUCAUCAACAAAGCUAUCCUGGCGUCUGUGGCGGCGAGGAAAGAGUGGGACCUGAAGCCCGUCCAGGACCGAGCCCAGAUCCUCUUCAAGGCAGCCGACGUCAUCAGUGGACCCAAGAGGGCGGAAAUCCUCGCCAAGACCAUGAUCGGACAGGGUAAGACGGUGGUCCAGGCUGAAAUCGACGCUGCUGCAGAGCUGAUCGACUUCUUCAGAUUUAACGCCAAACACGCCGUGGAGCUGGAGAAAACUCAGCCGUUAGACGCUGACGGGAGCACGAACACGAUGUUAUAUCGAGGUCUGGAGGGGUUCGUGGCGGCCGUCGCUCCUUUCAACUUCACCGCUAUUGGUGGAAACCUGGCAGGUACCCCGGCUCUGAUGGGAAACGUGGUUCUGUGGAAACCCAGCGACACCGCCAUGUCUGCCAGCUACGCCGUCUACAAAGUCCUGAGGGAGUCCGGUCUGCCUCCAAACAUCGUCCAGUUUCUACCAGCUGAUGGUCCCGUGUUCGGAGACGCCGUCACCUCCUCUCAGCACCUGGCCGGCAUCAACUUCACCGGCAGUGUUCCGACGUUCAAGCGUCUUUGGAAGCAGGUGGCACAGAACCUGGACACGUACAAGAACUUCCCUCGACUGGCUGGAGAGUGCGGCGGGAAGAACUUCCACUUUGUCCACAAGUCAGCGGACGUAGAGAGCGUGGUGAAGGGGACGAUCCGCUCGGCGUUUGAGUAUGGCGGUCAGAAGUGUUCCGCCUGCUCCAGGAUGUACGUAGCUGACAGCGUGUGGCCGCAGAUCAAACAGCAGCUGCUCGCCAUCCACAAGAACAUCACAGUGGGAGACCCUGUGGAGGACUUCAGCACCUUUUUCUCGGCUGUGAUCGACGAGAAGUCAUUCGCUCGCAAUAAGAGAUGGCUCGACCUCGCCAAGUCCUCCCCUAACCUAAAAGUCAUUGCUGGCGGUAACUGUGACGACAGUAAGGGUUACUUUGUGGAGCCGACCAUCAUUGAGACCACGGACCCGCAGGAAGCCAUCAUGCACGAGGAGAUCUUCGGGCCGGUCCUGUCGGUUUACGUUUAUCCUGAGAACAAGUACAAAGAGGUGCUGCACCUGAUCGACAACACGUCGCCGUACGCCCUGACGGGAGCCGUGUUCGCUCAGGACCAGACUGUGAUCGACGAGGCAGCUAAAGUGCUCAGAAACGCUGCUGGGAACUACUACGUCAACGAUAAAUCCACCGGCUCCAUUGUGGCUCAGCAACCAUUUGGGGGCGCCAGAGCUUCAG